AUGUUUUGCAAACAAGCGUUCACAAGCGGCAACAAGCUGUUUGUGCCCCUUCAGAUUGUUCGAGGCGCAAAGAGGAAGCCGGCUUAUCCUCGAUACCGUGCCGAAUUGGCUCCUUUGUCCCAUCCUAAAAAGGACCACGCUGGUUUUUUCCAAAGACACUUGAAAGCAUGGUUGGGACCUAAAAACAUCAGAGGCGAGUACUACAGAAACAAAUACUACUACCCGCCGCAGAACAACACACCCAACUACAUCGUUCCUAAUGGUGAUACUUUAGUUCUUCCGGGUAAAGAGAGUUUUUCUCGUAGCGGCAUGGACUCAAAAAGAAACCCUGCGUUACAUCCUUUCCCACAGAAUCUUCACUGCAGAACCGCUUCUAUCAUUUCUGAUGACUUGAAGCAGCAAAUCUACAGCGAAGUGGUUGAGGAUGGAGCGUUGACACAAGAAAUUGCUCACAAGUAUGGUAUCAAGAUUGCUCGUGUGGAAGCCAUUGUCAAGUUACAGCAAAUUGAGAAG